AUGAAACUCCUCUCCUCUCUUCUCGCCGCCGCCUUGGCCCUGGCCCACCUCGUUUCCUCCACCGGUCUCGAGAUCGAAUACCAGACGCCCGACAUCGAAUGCACACGAAAGACCCAGAAGGGCGACAAAAUCGACGUCCACUACCGCGGCACACUGCAGAGCACCGGCAAGGAGUUCGACUCUUCGUACUCAAGAGGGACACCGUUGAACUUCGAGCUGGGUGCGGGGAGGGUUAUCAAGGGAUGGGACGAGGGCCUGCUGGACAUGUGCAUCGGCGAGAAGAGGAAGCUGACGAUUCCGCCUGAGCUGGGCUACGGCGCGAGGAGUGUCGGGCCGAUCCCCGGGAACAGCGUGUUGGUCUUUGAGACCGAGUUGAUAGGGAUCAAAGGCGUCAAGAAGGACGAGUUGUGA